UGUCAUUACGUGCCUUACUACGCAAUGGUAUCAGACAGCAGGCACGCCUCGGCCUCGAUCAAACACGGUGAACCAGAGAAUCAGACAGAGGCGACCUGAGCCGGGACAUCCGGAAUAGAUGCCCUCAAUCGCUGCGACCUUUUCUUUGCCCGUCGCUUAGCAGUGCUCUGCUAGACAGAAUAGCACGUCCAUCUCGUCCAUCAACCACGGUGGUCGACGCCCAUCCAUCUUAUCCCUUCCCCAGCCUGCCUCGCCGCCACCAUGUUGUCAAAAAAGAGCGACGAUAAGCACUUGCCCCUCCCUGCCACGGAGUCGCGUAUCCCAGAGGAGAGCCAUGGUCGGAGGCAUCGCAAAAGGGUGCUGGCACUCUUCCUGGGACUUAUGCUCGUGUCGUACAUGCUCCUCACUCCUGCUGCAUAUCCUGCCAUCGGUCGCGGCCGCCACUCGUCGCAGCGCCUGUCUCACAAGACCAUCGACGAGCGCGUGAACGAGAUCUUGAGGAAGACGCCGCUGAUAGACGGUCACAACGACUUUGCCAUAUACAUACGGUACAAGUAUGAGAACCAUAUAAAUGACAAGGGCUUCAGGGAGGGCUUUGAGUCCUCGGGUUUGCCCCUGCAUGUGGACCGGCCCAGGCUCCGCGCCGGCAAGAAUGGUGGUGCCUUCUGGAGCGUCUUUGUUCCAUGCCCUGAUAACGGGACCGACUUUUCGGACCAGAACUACGCGACAAGCGUCCAGGCUACUCUGCAGCAGAUAGAUGUCGUCACCCGUCUAACUGAGGCCUAUCCGGGCGACUUCUCGUCCGUGUUGGUGAACAGCAGCGAUGCGCUGGCAGCCUUCAAGCAAGGAAAACUCAUCUCGCCCAUGGGUAUUGAGGGCUUGCACCAGAUCGGCAACUCGGUCGCGAACUUGCGCCGUUUCCACUCCAUGGGUGUCCGGUACGCGACCCUGACGCACAACUGCCACAACCGUUACGCCGACGCCGCCCUCCUCGAGUCGCCUCUGAGGGUCGCCGAGCCGCGGUGGAACGGCGUCAGCCCCGAAGGCCGGCGCGUCGUCGCCGAGAUGAACCGCCUGGGCCUCAUUGUUGAUCUCUCGCACGUCAGCGAGGCAACCAUGGUGGACGUGCUGGGCGGGGGCCAGGGCGGCUGGGAGGGGUCGCGGGCGCCCGUCAUCUUCAGUCACAGCAGCGCGCACGCGCUGUGCCCACACCCGCGCAACGUCAAGGACUCAGUCCUGCGUCUCGUCAAGCGCCGCGACUCGCUCGUCAUGGUCAACUUCUCGCCCGACUUUGUCUCGUGCACGGCAGCCAAGGAUGGUAGCGGCAACAACGGGCUGCCAGACUUUUACCCGGCUAACUCGACGCUGGCGCACGUGGCCGACCACAUCAUGCACAUCGGCGACUUGAUCGGGUUCGACCACGUCGGGCUCGGUAGCGACUUUGACGGCAUCCAGACGACGCCCCGCGGACUCGAGGACGUGUCAAAGUUCCCGGAUCUCGUCUCGGAACUGCUCCGUCGCGGCGUCAGCGACGAGGACGCCGCAAAGGUCGUCGGCGGGAACCUGCUCCGCGUCUGGCGCGAGGUCGACGCCGCCGCCCAGCGCUUGCAGGCCGAGGGGGAGCUGCCACUCGAGGACGAUUUGUCGCCCGCUUUGGGGUCGUCGGGUGCUGCAGCCAAAUUUGUGGACGUCUAGGACGCGUAUUGCGUCGAAGUGUGUUUUUGGAUAUUUGCAAAUAGGCAACAUUCGUUUACGAUAGAUUUCCAGGCAGAAAUUGCCGCUUCUUGUUCCAGUAGAUGCCCGUCUCUUGCGGUUCAAGCCUAAAUCUAGUAAACGUAUCCGGUGCUGUGAG